AUGGCACAGCCCCGUCUCACCGACUUCUUCGCGCGCCGCCGCCCCGGGCCCCGCGCCGCGCCGCCGCGGGCCAAGCCUGCCUGGCGCACCCCGAGCCCCGCCAAGCCGGCGCCCCCCACCCCGGCCCGGGCCCCGGGCGGCAGCCGCAAGCGCGCCCGCCCGCCCGCCGAGCCCACGCGCGACCUCCCCGCGCCGCCCGCGCGCAGGCGGCUGCGGCUCCCGGCCGACGCGGUCUCGGGCCCCGAUGCCUUGGCUGCCCCAGGCUCCCCAGAGCAGGCCGCUGUCUCGGCAGGUCAGCCGCCCCCCGCAGCAGCCCAGGAGGACAAGGCCUCCUCAAAAGUCACACUUGCCGAGCUCAAGUCAUGCCUGCAGCGGGCACGGGAGCUGGGGGCCCGGGCCCAGGAGCUGACAGCGGGUGCCCAGAGGAAGGCUGCUGGGGAACCCGGCGUGACGGAGCCCGAGGGCCAGCCAGCAGGGCCAUGCGGAGAGGAGGCCCCCGCCUACCAGCGCUUCCACGCCCUGGCCCUGCCGGGCCCCCCGGGGCUCGUGCUGCCCUACAAGUACCAGGUGCUGGCCGAGAUGUUCCGCAGCAUGGACACCGUCGUGGGCAUGCUCCACAACCGCUCUGAGACCGCCACCUUCGCCAAGGUCAAGCAGGGCGUCCAGGACAUGAUGCGCAAGCGCUUUGAAGAGCGCAACGUGGGCCAGAUCCGGGCUGUUUACCCCACUUCCUACCGCUUCCGCCAGGAGCGCAACGUCCCCACCUUCAAGGACGGCGUUAAGAGGUCUGAUUACCAGCUAACCAUUGAGCCGCUGCUCCACCAGGAGCCUGGCAGCACGGCCCCCCAUCUCACGGCCUCGCACCUCCUGCGGCGCAGACAGGUCUUCGGUCAGAAUCUGGUGGAGCGCGUCCGGGAGCACCACAGGGCCUUCCUGGCAUCCCUGAACCCACCCGUGGUGGUGCCUGAGGACCAGCUGACGCGCUGGCACCCCCGCUUCAAUGUGGACGGAGUGCCUGACAUCGAGCCGGCUGAGCUGCCCCAGCCGCCCACCACGGAGAAGCUGGCCACCGCCCAGGAGGUGCUGGCCCGUGCCCGCAGCCUGAUGUCACCCAGGAUGGAAAAAGCCCUGAGUGACCUGGCUCUGCGUACGGCCAAGCCCAGCAGCCCCGGGUCCCCCGGCCCCGCCCUGCCGGCCACUCCCCCGGCCACCCCGCCUGCCGUUUCGCCUGCCGCCCUGAAGGGGGUGUCCCAGGACCUGCUGCAGCGUAUCCGGUGCAAGGAGGCGCAGAAGCAGCUGGCGCAGAUGACGCGGCCGCCGGAGCGGGAGCAGCGGCUGCAGAGGCUGGAGCGGCUGCCCGAGCUGGCCCGCCUGCUGCGCGGGGUCUUCGUGUCGGAGCGCAAGCCCGCCCUACCCAUGGAGGUGGCCUGCGCCAGGAUGGCGGGCAGCUACCACGCAGCCAUGAGCCCUGGGGAGAUGGAGAUGCACGUGCGGCUGCUCGCCGAGCUCCUGCCCGACUGGCUGAGCCUCCACCGCAUCCGCAGCGACACCUACGUGAAGCUGGACAAGGUUGCUGAGCUGGCAGGGGUCCUGGCGCAGCUGGCGCGCCUCGCCCGGGCCGAGGCGGCGCUGUGAGCCUCGCCGAGCGGGGCUUAGGCCCCUGGCCUGGCCUGCUGGCUCUCUUUUGUCCCCUUUAGGAACACAGUGCACUUUCCUCCCCCUCAACUCCCCACCAGGGCCUCUGGCCCGUGGUGUAGCAUGUUGUCAUUAAACUGGUUUCCGUUGGUGA